CGUCAUACAACUCUCCUAUUCAAGAUGGCGGACAGUCACAUAUUCCCUUCUAUGUAAAUAAAGUAUCAGGAUAAACGACAUCUAAGCUAUGAGAUGCCACACGAUCGUGUGACUGUUUUUAGUGGAUAAUCAUCUGAAAAGUAACGUUAGUUAUAUUACAAGGGAUGACUGAUAAUGGCAAUAUAGCUAAGCUGAACUGAGGGAUGGAGAGUGACUGCAGGAUUCCCAUGUCAUGUUUAAGACCCAGAGUUCUGGUCCUGCACAUACUUUUCUGGGGAUUGGUGUCUCUCAGGGUGUUUGGGGCAGCAUUUCUUGGUGAGGAGAAGUCCACAGUAACAAAGACGGUGACCAUGCCAUGUUGGCAGGUGGAAGAGUUUGUAGUUGCGAGCGACUGCACUUUGUGUACUGCUUUUCAAACGAAGACGCUAAUUGCCUGCAUCCAGACAGGAUACGUAGAGAGGAUUAACUGUACCAAGUCCAACAAAGAUGAGUACAAAAGCUGCCGCUCAGCAGUGAUGGAGGAGCAUCUCUUUUGGAAAUUUGAGGGUGCCAUGUUAGGCCUUACUGUUUUCUUUGCACUCGUAGUGAUCGGCCGGCAGAGGUCUUUAGACCGCCAAGCCUCGGAAAAGGUUCGCAGGCAGAUUGAAUCUAUUUAGUGCUCAGAACUCUAUUGAUAAGUAUUACACAUGUGAUGAGCAGCUCUAAAGCGCUCCAGAGUUACAGUGAUCAUCAUUUUGUCGGUGUUCUAGCACUGCUAUAGUAGCCAGUGUAACUGGCCUGGGGUAACAAUGGGAUCACUGGACACUUGUUGACAAAGCUCGUCAUAUGAGGAUGGAUGGACUCAAUGUUUUUUGUUUUAACUUUGACAUUCAAUGUAGAUGUUAAUCUGUAAAGGCAGAUUGCUCUUUCCAUGCAACAUCUUUUCACACAAGUUGCUCAUGAUAUUCUACAGUGAACUCCUAACUGUGAACCGCCAGGAUUUAAUAAUGAAGUCAGCAUCUAAAUCAACAGGCAGUAUAAUAGAAAAGAUUAACAGUUUGCUUACUUGUUGGAUUUUCUACUUAAGAUUUUCUGUUCCAGCUGAUACUACAUGUUCACACUAACACUGUACUGAUCUUAUGUAAAGGGAGACUCCAUUUUGACAUUUGCUCCAAAUUAAAUUGUAUUAUGUUUAGAAUUCUGCUAAAUAUUAUUUGCCCUGGAACUGUUGUACUGAGAGAUGUUCAUUACAAAUUAAUCUGACCCUGCUUUACUGUGUGUUUUAAUAAGUGUGUUGCAAAUCAAAUUACAGGGAAUAUAAACAUGGACACAGGAAUCAGGUUGUUGUUUGUUUCUUUGUUUUAUUGUAAAUGUAAAAAAAAAAAAGAAAAAAAAAGAUCAUUUUCACACGCUUAUGAAUUGUCCCACAGGAACCUGUAAAUGUUCUAGUUUGCUCUAAUUUUACUGAUCAUGUGAAGACAUCCAUAUAUUCCACUUUCUCACAAAACAGUUUUUUUUUUUUUUUUUAAACAAAAGUCUGAAUUUUGUGGUUUUGUUUUUGAUUCCAGUCCGUUAUGAUUUUGGUUCUGAAACAUGGCUUCUGCUUAAUUACAAGUGUUUGCUUGUCAUGUUGUACGUAGUCUUCAGUGUGUCUCAGCACCAGUUUGAGGUUUUAUUUAUGGAGUAUUUUGAUACAUCCCAGGCACUGCACAUAUUGCUGCUGACCGUCAAUCUAAAACAUAACUAAACUUUAUUAUAUAGGUUAAUUUGCAUAUGUUACUUUUUAAAUGAGCUUAUUGUUAAUUGUUGGAUAUGUCUAAUUCUUUUUUUUUUUUUUUUUUUUUCCUCCCCGCACAAGCAAAAGCUACAGCCUUUGGUUUCAGGUACAUGGCUGAUCUCUUAAUAAGCCAUGCCUGUCUGCUCAUGUGUUUGCUCUGGCAGUGUAAAGCAAGUUUGAAAAAGUUGAGUUUUAUCAAAUUCAUUGAUGCAAUGAAGAAAAGGGUGCAUGCUGUUUUCUCUUUCACCAGUUUUAUUGGUCCACCUGACUGUAGAUUAUGUAUUUUUAUGAAAGAUGUGAGACAUUUCCUGUUCUCUGUAUUUAAAAGGGGAACUGUGGAAUAAACCAAAUAGAAAGAAUUACUGCUGUGUAAUUUGUGUAAUUUUCUUCUUUUUUUUAACAAUAUGUUGAUGUUUUGGUAUUCUUCAUAAAGCAAAUUAUUUUCAGGUAAGGACUAUUUGGCAAGCAUUUUAUACCACUGUAAUGUGAGAUUUGCAUUUUGACAGGAACAGAUUUAGCAAUGCUGAGAUUCUCUCAGUGAAGAGUAAUAUUUUACCAUUUUGCACUGUUAGGGUAAAAUAUGCAGAAAACAAAUAAUGUUUUUUUAAUGUGUAUGCAUGUGCAGGAAACAGAAAAAGACUGUGAUGGUCAACUCACGUACGGAAUACAUGCAAAAAUGGGCAAGCAUGACUGUGUUUGUCUGUUAUUAGACAGAACAGAAUUAUUGUUCUCCUUCACUUCACAUGUCCACACUCCAGCAAAGCAGUUAAAUUUUUUC